AUGGCGAGACCCGUCCGUUGCCAACACGCUUUCACCGUGACCAAGACUCCUACGGAGAUGAUCUAUUGGACCUGCAAUCAGUGCUACUCAGGUCCUCACUGGUACAUUUUCGAAUGUCGGCGAUGCAGGUUCAAGGUGUGCCAGCCAUGCGCUGCCAAAAUCUCCGUCCGACCUGCUGCUGCAGUCACCACUGCCAAGGCACCUUAG